AUGGGGCCUCUAGGGGAAAUCCAGGUAGGAGUGCUUAUGGUUUUUUUGAGGAACACAGAUGGGAACUUGAUAUAUGCUCAAGCUGCAGAUAUAGGCAUUACUACCAACACAGAUGCUGAGGUGAUGGCAAUUGUAGAAGCUAUGAGAUAUUGUAGGAAUGAAGGACUUGACAACAUCAUAGUCCAAACUAACUCAGAAAUGAUAUAUAAAAUUUUAGAAGAGGGUUGGAAACCACUAUGGGGAAUUUUUAACUGGAUUGAAGAGAUUUUGGAGAUAAAAAAUGCUAUGACUGUUUCUUUCAGUCAUAUUUUAAGAAAAGGGAAUAAAUUGGCAGAUGCCUUGGCUAACCAGGCCUUAGAUAAAGCCUCUUUGCAAUGUCACAAUUUCCAGGAAUUGCCAUCAAUGUGUAGGAAGAUUCUCAAUAGUGAUAAGACCCAGAUUCCUUAUUUGAGAAUAAGGACUACAAGAUAA